UUAGAAAGGCUAAAUAAUACCGACUGGAUUGUUUACAUCGAGGGCCGGCGCGUGAGCCGUCCAAUACCCCGUGAAUUAAUACAGAUUUAAGCCUACUGAACCAUCGGCGUGACACAGCAGACUGCAAUAACUCCAUGGCAGCGUGAAAAGAAGAGCGGAGAGAGAUAAUAACGUAAUGGCGGCGCUCAGGAGGACACAAGCUCUGGGCGGCGUGGUGGCCCGGCUGACCCGCCUCACCCUGACCCCACAGCAACCUAGGCCUACAGUGUUGACCUCUUUUUUAACUGCCAAGACUCAAAGCAGGUUAACCUCAGCCUGCUCUUUACUCCACACAAGCAGCAGUCACAGAGAUCUCAUGCAGUUCUUUGAUAAUAAGAAGAACUGGGGAGAAACUGAGGUGAAGGUGGGCAGAGCCUGGAAGAUUGAGGAAUUGAGGAUCAAGAGCAAUGAAGACCUGCACAAGCUUUGGUUUGUGUUGCUGAAGGAGAAGAACAUGUUGCUCACAAUGGAACAUGCCUGUGAGGAGGAGUACCAGGUCUUCCCCAACCCUGAAAGAAUUGACAAGGUUGAGGAGAGCAUGAAACACAUUGAGGAUGUGGUGAAGGAGAGGAAUCGUGCCUACUUCUUGUUGGAGACUGGGGAGGAUGGCGAGCGGCCAGGAGCCCUGACAACAGAUGAUCUCGGUCAACACGUGUACAAAAAAUUUGCAGAGCAUUUCAUUCCUGAGUGGAUGAACCCACAUGCCAGGAGGAUAAGGGAUUAUGCAGCUUCCUCGAAGUUCUCACGCCUUUGGAGAGAACAGAAAUAUUUGGAGAAAAAGAAAGCCCGCACCCGCAUGAGGAACCAUGUGUACAUGUUGCUGCGCCGCUUCCCAGACAUGGACAUGGAUGUGCUGCAGCAGAAGUACCCCGAGGUGAACGUGAGGGCGCUCAGGCACCACAAGCGGGCCCGCGGUCAUCACCUCAAAAACCUUGGCUAAAUAUGCUGUUGUUGGGCCUUGUCUCCAGGCUUAGGAUGAGUUAUGAGGCACUGCAAUAUAUUUACUUGUAUAUAACGAUCAGGAUGGAAAGAAAAGAAAGGAGAGUA